AUGUAUCUGAUUGCUGCUGUCUGCAUUGUGAUGAGCUUUUUGGAAGAAGUCGAUAGUUUCUGCCCAUCUCAGUGCACUUGCAUCUAUCAUGGCAGAGGGGACGACACUGGAACAAGGUAGGCUUUUCUUUUCUGUUCUGUUCAAAAGAAAAUGCUACUCAGUACAACCACAGGAAAGCAGCCGAUGAAAUUUCAAAAAAAAUUCCAAUGCUACUAGUGAUUGGUGUAAAUGCUACAGUGGUUCAUGUGCUUUGCAAGUUAUUUCUGCAGCAAAUUAAUAUACCAGGGGAGAAAUUAGAAUUCCCACCCCCCCACCCCGCUUUGCACUCUUAUAGUAAGCUACAUGCAUAGGCAGGGUAGCUGGCCGCAGAGUCUGAUCUAAUUGGAUUGCAGUAAAGGGGGCUGAAACUGCAGGGGGGAAAUGUCAAUGCAAGCCUAUACAUGUCUACUCAGAAGUAAGCCCCACUAUACUCAUUGUGGCUUUACGGGUAAGUGAGUGAGUAUAGAACUGUUUCCUUCAUUGCUUCAGACAAAUGCCCCUAGAAUCUACAUCCUUCUGCAAUGCCAGUAUUUUGAAAAUAGUUUUAAAGAACAUCUAGUCAGUGCACAUCACUUUUUUACAGUUAUUCAUUCCGUAGGGAAGCCAUAUUUGAAACAAAGAAGAUACUGAUAUCCAGGUCCAGAAUUCUAUGAGAGCAAUCGUGCCCACGAAUUUCAGCUUUGCUCCAUUCCAGAAUGAUGGAAUAGAGAAGGAUGGUGCACUGAGUCAAGAGAAGGUUCAGGGACUUGAUUGUAGGCCAGAAGCUAUUUGUGCAACCCAGGCUUCAGGAUGCAGUGGAUUCUGUGGCCCCACAGCAAUCAUUUGCAAAUAUGGUGGGGCAAUCCAUUGACAGAAGCCUGUUUCUUCAGCGGGGGUGGGGGGUCCCUCAGCAACACCACUGGAGUGAAGUCAAGGUCUGGAAACUUCAACACAAUUUGUAAUGAUAGAUUCAAAACAUGUAUUUUAUUCUCUAUUUGGAAAAGGAAACAAUGUUCAUUUAGUUGUAUUGUACCUUAUGUGGGACAAACAAAGGACAUAAAAGCAAUACAAACAUCUGCAGUUUGUAUUACAUUGUUUGCUAAAUAGUUGACUACUUAUUGGUUUUAUCUUUUUUUUAAUCGUGAGUGGCUUUGAGACAUUGAUUUGCUUAAAGUGACUAACAAAUGUUAAGAACUGUUGGAAAUAAUGGAUGGUACAGCAUAAGGUGAAACACAAAUGAAAGUAAAAAUCCAACUGUCUAGAAUUUCUAAAAUGAUAUUUUUAAUAUGAUAGGCUUAGCCUUUUUGGACCCUGCCUCAGCAGCUUCAUGGAAUUCAUGAGAGGAUGGUUAUUUUCAGCACCUGCAAAUAUAAUUUAGUUUAUUUUUUUGAUAUAUUUUAGUUUUCUAAAGCCAGAUAUAAUGGUUAGCUAGAAAAGGGAUUUGGUUUUAGGACUUGUGCAGUUCUUUUUUUCUUGCACAGAUAUGCUGCAAUCUUAUACCGGUUUCAGUGGGAGUAGAUACGCUUUGAACUGCACUGCCUUAUCUUCCCAAAUGCCAUCGAGUGGGGGAAGGGAACAAAAUGUCAGCUCAAUUAGAUGAAGUGGUUUUGAAAACCCUUCCUUCAGAAAAUAAAUUCAGAAGCAUUCCAGACGCUUUUUGAGUCUAGAUAUGUUAUAAAUUGUGCUUGAAGGUUCUUUGGCUCUGGUGCUCCACAUUUAAGGUUUCGUUUUCACUAUUUGUUCUUACAUAAUCCUAUUGUGAACUCAUUAGUGUUUCUCUGGUCGGAGAUUCAUGGAAUUAGUGGUCAGUUAGAAAAGGGGUUUGUCUUUAGGAAUUGUGCAGUUCUUCUUCUCUUGCACAAAUAUGCUGCAAUCUUAUAACAGCUUAAUAAGAAUAGUUAAAUCAUGUAUGCUGUCAGCCAUCUGGCGUUGUCCAUGCCUGUGUUCCUUCUUGAAUCGGGCUUAGCCUCUGCUUGUGGCCUCUGGUAGGUGAUACCACAAACGGUAGAUGAGACUGUUAGGCACGAGGCGCUGGGCCUUGUUGAAAUCCUGAGUAAUAUGCUUAUGACCCCCGUAAUAGAGGCUAUAACUUAGUUUUCAAAACCAGUUUAUUUUGGAUGGCUUUCUCUUAAAGGACACCUAGCACGUCUGAUUACAUUUCAUCACCAUUAUUAUUAAGUGUAUCAUGCUGUUUUCCUGUGUGGUGUUUUAGGCUUUGAAUGAUCAAAUUUUUAUUGAAAUGUGAUGUUAGGUUUUAUUGUUGUUUUAAAUGUAAGCUGCCUUGUGAGGGCUUUUGUCCUGAAAGGCGGCCUAGGGAUAGAUAGAAAAUUAAAAAUGAUGGGCUAAACCAGUUCCUAGACGGUACUAUUGUACCGUCAGACGGCAGGUGAGGGGAGCACAUGGUUAAGCAGUGGAGUAGGGUGAGGGACGGUGUCAUCUGCCCUCCUCUCAGCUCUGACUUUUUCUUACACCUGAGGAGAGUAGCUGAUGCUCAAGUAAAUCUGCCUAAAACAUCAAGCCAGGUGAGUGUCUGAGACUGUUGUGUCCACCCAAUUUGGAGGAAGUGUGUCAUGGGCACUUUGUAUAUGUACCUCAGAAGGACCACAACACCAGCUGAAGGCAAUCGGUUUGGUGUGAGACCAGUGGGGAUGAAGAGUGGUUGCCGCCCUCUGUUUUCAGUCUCCGAUUCCUGUCAUCCCCAGCCAGUGUUGUUCAGCACCAUGUGGACUUCCUCUGGUGUGGGCUACAUCCUCCUCUGCUCACUUAACAUCAACCUGCAGUGAAAGAGCAGACUUGACAUGAGGGUUUGAAGGGUUAUUACAGGCUUCCUCAACUUCAGCCCUCCAUAUGUUUUUUGGCCUACAACUCCCAUGAUCCCUAGCUAGCAGGACCAGUGGUCAGGGAUGAUGGGAAUUGUAGUCUCAAAAAACAUCUGGAGGGCCGAGGUUGAGGAAGCCUGGGUCAUCAUAACCCCCUUUAUACUGUGCUAUUGACUGGGUUAGGUUGCAAUCCAAGCCCUUGGCUAGCAGCAAUGGGGCUUAACAGUGGUGUAACCACUGUCACAUGCCAGGGCAGAAGAUGGGUGAGGAAGAGGAAAAUGCCUGUCUGCAACACAGGUUGGCAAAGCGAAAAGGCCCAUCUUGGGCCCAUUGCCAUCAUGUGACUGUGCUAUGGCCCUAUCGACAGUGUACAUUUCAGGUAGUAUCAUGCCACUUUAAACAGCCAUGGCUUCCCUCAAAGAAUCCUGGGAACUGUAAUUUGUUAGGAGUUGUUAGGAGGAGACCCCUGUUGCCCUCAAAGAGCUAUAAUUCCCAGAAUUCCAUGGGAUUGUUCGUUAAACCACUAUGGGACUUAUAGCUGUGAGGGAAAUAGGGUUCCUUGAAAAAUUCAUUGAAAACAAUUCAUUAUCGCCUCUCUUUCUUUUUGUUUUACCUUAGGUCUGUGCUGUGCAAUGAUCCUGAUAUGUUUGAGAUACCUGUAAAUGUUCCAGUGGAUACAAUGAAACUCCGGAUAGAAAAGACUGUCAUACGAAAGAUCCCAACUGAAGCCUUCUACUACCUGGUGGAUCUCAAAUACCUGUGGCUUACCUACAACUCUAUAGCAAACAUUGACACGAGCAGCUUCUAUAAUUUAAAACUACUGCAUGAAUUGCGCCUGGAUGGGAAUUUGCUGUCGAGUUUCCCUUGGGAAUCUUUGGCUGAGAUGCCUAACCUCCGAACACUUGACUUACACAACAACCUAAUGACCAGCAUUCCUGCUGAGGCCGGCAAAUAUCUGAGGAAUCUCACUUACCUGGACAUAUCUAGCAAUAAAUUAACCUCUCUGCCAUCAGACAUCUUGGAUAUCUUGCUUCCUUUUUCUGAAACAGGAUUGCCCAGAAACACAGAACCCAGGAAUGCAGACUCCAUAAUACAGAGGGUCAUAUUAGGUAAGCCGGCAAAUAUCGUGAAAUUCCUUCUUUGAACUGUGCCAGCUGGCAUGAAUCUUGAAUGAGUCACUGAGCCAUUGAAAAAUAGUUCUGGCCAUACAUUUCUUGCACUGCUGUUUCCCUAAAUUUUAGUUUGGCAUUUUAGCAUGAAAGGCAUGUGAGAACAGCAAGAUCUGGAACUUGGUUAGAAUACUUUGAUCAAUGCUGUCUAUUGUGUUGAUUGGAGCACCCACAAUUCCUAUGGUCUGCUUUGCUGACUAGCGGGAAGCACUGCCACUGCUUGUGUGCCUUGUGAGCUUUUGAUGUGCUGACCAGAACCCCCUGCAGAUGUGCAUUGCUGUGACAUGUUUGCUUUAAGCGUCUUAAAGGAACUGACCUGACAAAAGUUCCAUUCAUGAUCCAGUGGGGGCAGGGCAUACACAAAGUCAUUGGCUUUGGUAUUAUAACCACACAUGUGGGUUCUGCAACAAAAUGUAGCAGUGUCAUGUGAUUCUGCUCAGGAUACUCUUUUCCAGGACAUUCCAUUCAAUUCCCAACCCCAGUUUUCUGUUUUCUUCAAGAGGCAGUCAGUAUUCCAUGUCCUUUGAGCUCCUCACAGAGCAGCUUUGGAGUGGGCUCCCUAGUUUUCCACCCCUCUAAAGAUUGUACUUUUGCACAUGUGUUCUACAAUAUGCAUUGGCAAAAUAUGGGGGCAACUCUCGAGGUUUCACAAAGCCUGCUGUUACAUUUCUCCUGUGCAGUGAUGGGCUGUUCAAGUAGCACAUACAAAUAUGUACCAGGUCAAAUAUGCACCAUUGUCCACAUUCAGAGAAUGAGUUUGCUAACUUUAUGCGUUAUAUAGCAGUGUUUCCUAAUCCUUCAAGAAUUGCAUAUCCCUGCUGAGAGUUUAGUCUUACCUGAAUACCCCUUCUAGGACAAAUAUAACUUGGGGGUAGUAUUAAUAAUACGAUUUAACUAUGAUAAAGUAAAAUAAAAAUAUUCUGCUGUGCACCCUUUAAGACCCUUUCAUGUAUCCCCUGGGAUGCAUGCACUACGCUUUGGGAAACACGGUUUUUUGGGUUGUCCAAAUACCACAGUUAUCCUUGCGGGUGACUUUGCUAGACAACUUAGGUAGUACAAAUCGCUGUUCAGCAGAGGGUGCUGUUCCUUUUAUAGUUGGAACUGAGCACCAGUUUCUGAAUGCGCCACUCUGAAGGUUAUGCUGUACACAUGACUUUUAAAUCACUUCUCAUUUCUCCUGCGGAUUGAUUCUUCUCUUGCACUAUCUUCUCAUAAAUCAUUGCUGCUGAUCCUGAUUCAAUAUCAGGUGCCUCCUCACAAAUUAUCUUGUUUUGCAUGCAGAAUUGGCAGUGCCAAAAGCCAACAAAACAAAAGUCUGGCAUCUCCAAUUCUAAAAUAAAACUCAGUACUGGAAAUUCUGGGAGGCAUUUAAAGUUCCUUGCACUGUUUCUGCACAAGGGAGCUGGUGCACAACUGCCCUGAAUUAGGGAUUCAUUUAUUGAAUCAGCUGCAAUAGAGAUUCAUGCCUAGAAUGUUGUUUUUGUCUCUCCUUUCCCCCAUCUUUCUUUUUCCUGUUCGGUAGUGCCUAUUCUUUCUGAAUUUUUCUGCUGGGCCCUUUCUCAAUGUUCAGAUCUGCACGAGUUUUUUUUUUAAAUUAUUAUUCUUAUUCUUUAUAAUCACACUUUCCUCCAGGCUCAUUGAAUAACUUACAAAAAAAUCAUUCAGUUGAAAAUCUAACUAUAACAUACAUCAAAAUCACCCUCCUAUUAGUUAUGCAUUACAGUAUAUUCUUUUGUCCCUACUCAUUUAUCCUAAUUUUUUCCCCUUCUUCCCUCCCCUAUAACCCCUCCCCCCCAAUUGUUCUCUCUUCAAAUCUUUAACCAUGUGCACAGAUUAUUCAUUCUAAUUUGGAUGCUUGGGUUGGCUUCCCGUCUGCAUAGAUUUAAAUAUAUUUACUGGUGCCUUCUACUCUAAUGAUAGCAUCAAAGUUUGGAAUUAAGUGAACAUAGGAAGCUGCCUUCUACUGAGUCAGACUAUUGGUCCAUCAGUAUCGUCUACACUGACUGGCAGCAGCUCUCCAGGAUGUCAGGCGAGGUUCUCUCCUGAGAUGACAUGGAUUGAACUGGAGACCACCUGCAUGCAAAGAAGAAGCUUUAGCACUUAGCUAUUACGCUUCCCAAAGGGCUUGUAAGGACAAACUUAAGAGUUUGCAAUUCCAGUUGUCACUACUGACAGAUACAUCUGAGUGUGAGGGAAAAGGGGAGCAGGCAGCAAAAUGAGGCACACGGAUUGGUGGGGGACAUUGAUUGGUUAGUGAGAUGUACCUGGACUCAUCCUUUUUUCACUGAAGUGUAAUGUGGUUCAAAUUUUGGAGCGGGCUAAAAGGAGAAAGUACAAUGGGAAGAUAUUUCAAAAUAUUUCAGGCAGUUGGCCCAUUGCUAUCUGUCCUCUUUACUUCCAUGACUUCCACCUUGACAGAAACAUUUCAGGGUGUGGAGAAGGGAGAGGGAGGGAGGGAGAUGUCCUCAUCUUACAGUGCUGGGAGAGACCACUGAUCCUAGAGAGUCACUGUCAGUCAUUGCAGACAGUACUGAACUAGAUGGAUCAAAGGCCUGGCUUGGUAUAACUUAAGCUCCCCCCCCCAUGUUGUCAGGCAUAACUUCAGCUGCUUAAAAAAUGAGAAGCAGGAUGAGGCUAAAAGAACAGCACCAGAUAGACUGGCACUGUAGGCUUAUUGCUAAGACAUUGCCUCUUGUGUCUAGUGGAGGCUUCUCUGUUAGGGCAAAUGGGGCACAACCCACCAGCCUGAGCCUUGAGUCCUCAAAGCCCACUUUCCUACUGACAACCACUCCAGGGCCUGGCACUGCCUGUUGGCUUCCUCCUCCCGAGUCUCAGAGUUGACCCUGUAGAAACUCAGGAGGGAGGAGGAUGGGGACAAGGCUAGAAUUAGCUUGCUCUGCCUUUCAUUGUCUCUACCUGCUGUUGGGCUCCCUGCCCUUUGUCCCAGCUGUACAAUGGUCUGACUCAGUAUAAGGCAGCUUCCUACGCUCCUAUCCCUGCCAAGAACCUGCCCAUGUAACUGAUGCCUGCAGAAAGCAGGCUUCACCUCUUCUGCCCAUCAGCUUCCUGCAUUGGCUGUGUAAGCAAGUUGCCUGCAGAAGCUGGUGGUUGGUAUUUUCCUCAUGCUUGUGGAUCUCUGGAAGGCAUUCAGUUGGCCACUAUAGAAAACCAGACCCCCUGCCACUGAGCUAUGGCCCUUCCCUGUCAUUUCUUAUGAAAUAUUGUGUUUCUCCCAAGCUAGCUUUUAUCUGAAUUGAGAAAAAGAACGGCCUAGCUGUGUUUUAAGCCAGCAAUAUGUACACUGAGUUGCAUUGCUAGCAAGACUACGAGCAUACUAUUCUUCUGUUUUCAGGCUUGCAAGACAACCCAUGGUAUUGUGACUGUCGGAUUUCCAAGCUAAUUGAAUUUUCCAAAAUUGUGGAUACCGCCAUUUUGCUUCUGGACCCUUUUGUGGCUUGCAGUGGACCUGAGAGCCUGGCUGGGAUUUUGUUCCAAAGAGCAGAGCUGGAACAGUGCUUGAAACCAUCCGUCAUGACUUCGGCCACAAAGAUCACCUCGCCCCUGGGAAGCAACGUCCUACUGCGCUGUGAUGCAACUGGCUACCCCACCCCACAACUCACCUGGGUUAGGUCAGACAAUGUGCCGGUGAACUAUACAGGUAUUGAGUCUCAAGCAAAAGGGAGACUAUAGGUCAUUUUACCUUGAGUUGACAGUCACCUGUGAGAUCACUGAGAACCAAAAUAGGGGUGUAGUCAUCAAGAGUGGUGGGCUGGAGUUCAAAUGCCCACUCAGCCAUGAAGCUCACUAGGUAGUCUUGGCCAGCCACUAUAGCCCUCUUCAUGCAUUACUCAUGUGUAGAGAGGAAGUGUGGUGAAAUGGAUGGCAGGGAUAUGAAUGAUGCUUCUCCUGCUGCCCUCUCCUUCCUUAUGUUGAACACCACCCCAGUCUCCAAGUGGUGUGAAAUUCCAGGGCUUCCAGGCACUUAGCCAGGGUCUGUGUUUCCUUUUAGAAAUGUAUUAGAUCUUUUUUAUUGGAUGCUGCUGGUCUGAGAGGCAGAACAAGAAAUCCGUUUUUAUAGAUCAUUGUAUGUAGGGCUGACUUGGAUCCUGUGCCAUUCAACCAGUUUCACAUACCUGAAACAGAUUUACAGCCCACCCUUGCAUAUAUUUGUUUAGAAUCAAGUCCUACAGAGUCCAGUGGAUUUUGGAUUAAAAUACGAUAUACUGCAGGAGAAAUGUUUCUUCUAAGAUGGUGUCUGAAUAAUCAGACUUAAAGGUUUUUAAUGGGACGGGUUGACCUUAAUCAACUGAUUGAUCUUAAUCAGUGAAAUGUUGUAGCCCUAUGAAAAAAGUUCCUUGUCAUUUGAAAUGUAUGUUGUAACACCACAAAAAGCACACUAAGGUAGUAUGAAUGCUGCUGCUUCGUGUUCAGGUUAUCACACUCACCUGCAUUGAAUUGUUUUCCAGUUAUUCAAGAAAGUCCUGGUGAAGGUGUAAGAUGGUCCAUCAUCAGCUUGACAGGCAUUUCCUACAAGGAUGCAGGUGACUACAGAUGCAAGGCCAAAAAUUUGGCUGGAAUGUCAGAAGCUGCUGUUACAGUCACUGUUGUUGGCGUUGUCACCACAACUGUUUCUCCACAAAAGUACGGGAAAAAGACUGCAGCAGACCAGCAAAACACCACCCAGGAAGAGGUCAAACAAGAAUCCUUGAAUGCAACCACCGCUUCUCCUUCAACACUGCCUACAAGCACCACUUAUCCUACAACAGUGGCUACCAGUGAAAGGCCUACAACUGACAGAAGCAGCGACAAAAAACCACCCAAGUCAAUGCCAGAUGGAAGAAAGAACGCCAAAUCAAAUACAAACGGAGGCAAGAAACAACCAGGUGAUGUCAGCAAGAAGGAUGACGGGACAUCCCUCAGCGCAGCAGCAGGAGCUGAAAAAAAUGGUGCAGUAAAAAACCUAAGAGUAAUUCCUGAAACUGACGAAAGAGUGACCUUAACAUGGAAAACUGCCAAUGUCACAAGCAACUCUUCUUUGACUGUGUUGUACUCAAAGUAUGGGGAGAAAGACAUGCUGCCCCUGAGCACAGACCCCUCGAAAAACAAAGUCACCAUAGAUGGUUUGGAACCCAGCACACAAUAUAUGGCCUGUGUUGUUCCCAAAGGGACCCCACCUACGAAGGACCAAUGCAUCAUUUUCUCCACUGAUGGAAUUACCAUGGAAGAUGAUUAUCAGAUUCCCAUUUUGCUGGUAGCUGGUGGGGUGGCCUGUGCCGUUGUCUUACCAUUGAUAUUUUUCUUACUGUAUAAAGUCUUAAUGCUUCACAGGAAACCAAAACCUGUCAGGGAAGAUGACCUUGAAAAAGAGACUUACGUCAAAUUUGAAACCCUUUCCCUCAAACCACGUUCCGUGGUGGCAGGUGGGGAGCUUUGGGCUCGGCGGAACACCGAUGAGUCAGAAAGACUACUGCUGUGUUCUAGGUCAAGUAUGGAUUCUCAGAUGACCUUCAAAAGUGAAGGCUCAAGGUCAGAGUACCUCUGCUGA